CACGGCUGUUGUGCGUCAAAGGUUGACGGAGUGAGUGCGCUUCCGUGAAUGGCCGAAAGAUGAACGGACAGGCGGGUUAUGGACAAGGUUUGUCAAGACAAAGCGGGCGUGUUGGACUUACAAAUCAAAGUGGACAGUAAUACGUUCCAAGUGUCUCACGGAGGACGGCAUUGAAAACCCGGUGCAGCGUUCGCUUGGCUUCGCUAGCGAGGAUGUGGGAGGAAAGCGGAGUGCUCACCCGGAGAAAAGCUACGCAGGCAUGGGGAGAAGAUGCAAACUUCACGCAGGUGGGGAUGGGAUUUGAAUCAAAGUCCUCAGAAGUGUGAAGCCAACGCUCAAACCACCUGCGCCUCCGUGCCGCCCCCCACAAACCACAGAAUAUUACAAUAAUUCAAUAGAAUGUGAAUCAUCGAACAGUUUGUGACUCAUGAUUCAAUGUCGAUUCUGUGGCAUCUGGUGUUCCCGCCUUGGCCACAGAAGGCGCUACUGCAUAUUGCAGUCAUGCAGACAAACGAAGAAGAGUAGACUUCCUGCCCAUUAAGUUGCGGUAUAAUGUCUUUUUUUUUUUUUUUUUCGAGAAUGGAGAUGAUAUACCUCCUUUGGUUACUUGCAAUCUGCUCCACUCUUGUGAGCGUCGACGACUCCCCGCUUGACUCAAGUUGAAUCGUUGAUAGCGAGCGUCUGUCGCCUCCUCGGAAGAGAAGAGCGACGAUGAUGAGGAGGAGGAGGAAGAGGCCUGGUGUCGAGCGGCCAUCUUCUUCCCGUCCCGUGGCGAGAGCCGACGAGCUAACGGGCUAGCGAGCGGUGUACGUCAGCAGGUAGAGAGUGCGGGGCCCUGAUGAUGUCAGCCUUUUUCCUUCUUCUGAUUGGUUGGACAGAGGAAGACAACUUUGACGAGCAAAGCAGGAUCCCGCGGCGAGUACUGGAGGAGUCGACGCUGACCCCGGCCGGCUUAACCAGGGUGGCGUUCCCGCCAGCAGUGCCAGCCACCGGCGGCUCGAUCCAACACCGAGGUUCACUCCAGUAUGCUGUUGGCGUGCUAAGGAUGGACGACUCUAGUUUGUGCCUUGGUAUGUCAUCGGCGGUGGCCGACGCCGAAGCCCACCUGAGCAACGCGGUGCUGAACGGACGCUACCCGAUCAGCCAGAAGCUCCACCAGCUCACGGCCCAGCUGGGCCACGCCUUCCCGGACCUGCACCGCCCGCAGCAGAUCCCGGAGGAGAAAGCGGCCGCCCCCCUGGACGAAAAGAGCCACCACGCCGCCCUGGCCAGCCAGCCCAUCAGCAGCCAGAUGGCGCUGCUGGCCAACCAGCUCAACCGCGACAUCGACGCCGGCGCGCUGAGCGGCCUGAACGGACGCGUCGACCUGCAGCAGUUCCUCAACGGCCAGAACCUGGGAAUCAUGUCCCAGAUGAACGACAUCGAAGACGACGCUCGCAAGAACAGGAAGUACCCGUGCCCGUUGUGCGGGAAGCGCUUCCGCUUUAACAGCAUCCUGUCGCUGCACAUGCGCACCCACACGGGCGAGAAGCCCUUCAAGUGUCCCUACUGCGACCACCGGGCAGCUCAGAAGGGCAACCUGAAGAUCCACCUGCGCACCCACAAGCUGGGCAACCUGGGGAAAGGCCGGGGCCGAGUCCGUGAGGAGAACCGUCUGCUCCACGAGCUGGAGGAACGAGCCAUCUUGCGGGACAAGCAGAUGCGAGGCAGCGGCGGCCUCCCGCAGGCGGCCCCGCGCGAGCCCCACGUCGGCCUCAACAGCGGCACCAACGCCUUCCAGCAGCAGCUCGGUUCGGCCUGCGGCCUGCCGCCGCCCCCGGGCCUCGCCGCCCCUGAAACGGCUUCCCAGCCGUCAUCCUCGCCCAAGCCGACCGGCGCCCAGGACGAGCAGUCCGUCAACCCGGCCGCGGGCUUCCGCUGCACCUUCUGCAAGGGCAAGUUCAAGAAGCGCGAAGAGCUGGACCGCCACAUCCGGAUCCUCCACAAGCCCUACAAAUGUACGCUGUGUGAGUUCGCCGCUGCCCACGAGGAGGAACUUAUCAGCCACGUGGAGAAGGCCCACAUAACUGCGGAGAACACGCAGGGUCAGGGCUCCGGCGCCGGGGGCGGCAUGCAGAUGGCCACGGAAUUCCGCUGCGACGUGUGCGGCCAGGUGUUCAGCCAGGCCUGGUUUCUCAAGGGCCACAUGCGCAAGCACAAGGACUCGUUUGAGCACUGCUGCCAAAUAUGCGGCCGCCGCUUCAAGGAACCCUGGUUCCUCAAGAACCACAUGAAGGUCCACCUCAACAAGCUGGCCAUCAAGAGCAAGCCGCCGCAGCCCACCGAACAGGACAUGGCCUCCGUCAACAGCAUGAGCAGCCUGGCUCAGGAGGCCCAUGCCAACUUGUACUCCCGCUACAUCUCCUGCCUUCAGGGAGGCUUCCUUUCCCCGGACAAGCAGGGUCUGAGCGAGCAGCACCAAAUGUUGGCGAAGGCCGGGAUCGCCAUGAAGGAGAAGGAAAUGCUCGGGAAGCUCCUGGGCCCCAUGGCGGCGGGACUCAGCCACGGGCUGGGCGAGAACGAGAAGCGCUCCCUCUUGGGUUGCCUCAACCUCGUCCCGCCGCUCAAGUCCAGCUGCAUGGAGCGUCUGCAGGCCGCCGCCAAGGUGGCUGAGAUGGAUUCCCUCAACAGCUACCAAGCGUGGCAGAUCAUGGCUCGUGGCAUUGCCAUGGACCGGGCCUUCAUGCCCAAGGAGCAGCAGCAGCAGCAGCAGCAGCACCACGCCACCCCGGGGCAGGAAGAUGACAUGGCCGGGGCCGGGGCCGGUGCCGGUGCCGGUGCCGUGGCUUCUUUCUCCAAAGAGAAACAAGACUUUGCCCUCCUGGCUUCCGCAGAUGGCCCCAAGAAGCAGCUCUCCGAGGCUUUGCAGGGCUCCAAGGCCGCCAGCGUCGCCAUGAUGUCCAUGAAGGACGACUCCAGAGGCUUUGACUUACUAUCCCACCACACCGGUGCCGAUACUCCCGGCAAUUUGUCUGUCUUGGGGAACCCCGGCAUGGACUUUGGCCUCUCAAACCUGAAGGACAAGCCUUCAGAGUGCCCCGACUGCAGCCGGGUUUUCAGAACCUACCACCAGAUGGUUGUCCACUCCCGCAUCCAUGGCAAGGACCGGCGCGGCGUGGAAGAAGCGCUCCAGCAGCAAGGCGUGGACGAACGCCGCGGGUCUGCCAGUGACCCCGAGUCCCAGUCCAUCAGCCGCUCUACCACCCCCGGGUCCUCCAACGUGACCGAGGAGAGCGGAGCCGGAGGUGGACACUCGCAGACGGGAAGCGUCCAGGAUGACAGCCCGCAUCCCUCCUCACCUUCCUCGGAUGCCGGGGAGGAGGCGGCUUCAGCGGCGGCCAAGGCGGCGGUCGGCGCGCCGCCGUCGGUGUCGCAGCAUCGCGAGCGCUCGCUGGGCUCGGCCUCCAAAGACUGCCCCUACUGCGGGAAGUCCUUCCGCACUUCGCAUCACCUCAAGGUCCACCUGCGUAUACACACAGGAGAGAAGCCCUACCGCUGCCCUCAUUGCGACUACGCCGGCACCCAGUCCGCCAGUCUCAAGUACCACCUGGAGCGCCACCACCGUGAGCGCCAGAACGGCUCGGGCGCCCCUCCGCACGCCCCCUCGUCGGACCACAAGGACGACCACGGGAAGGCGAUGGGCGGCGGCGUCUUUGCCCGCCCCGAUGUUCUGCGCAACGUCUUUAAGAGCAUCCCCCCCAACUUGGACUUCAGGGCGGGGCCCUUGCUGCCACAUCAGUGGGCGUCGGCUGGCGUCGUGGCAGCAAAUGACCGCGGGGAUCGCCAUUUCGAUGCCAUGACCGAGAAUAUGAAGGCCGGCGACGGCCCCGCAUCCUCGAUUUCCGCAGAUGGUCCCGCGAGCUUCUCUGAUCUGAGCCGGGCAUACCAAAGCAUGAUGGGAAAUGGCGUUCACUUCCAAGGCUCCCUGCAGGCUUUCAUGGACAACUUUGUCCUCAGCUCCAUGAAGAAAGACACGAAGGACAACCAGAAUCCAGUCCAGAUCCAAGCACCCCAGUCCUACCACGAUAACGGAGAGCCCAGAGCCAAGAGAGCGGCCCUGGCAGACCAGGACAAAGAUGAGAAACUCGAGGCCACGCAGAAUCCGACACCCGGAAAACCCGGCUCCCAGUUUGAGCCGCUGGAUCUGUCGGUGUCUGUCCGGCCGGAGUCCGGAUCCGGCUCUCUCCCCGGCUCCUCUGUCACCAUCCAUGACAACGUGGCGUGGCACGGCUGCCUCUUCUGCUCUUUCUCCACUGCGUCGCUGGAGCUCAUGGCCCUUCACCUCCAGGCCAACCAUCUGGGUCAGGCCCAGGUGCAGAGGGCCGAAAUGGGCAAGGAAGUACAUGAAGAGGCUCCUCUCAACACUCAUCAAUCUCCUAACAUCAAAAGUUUGCUCUCGGACAAAGACGGGGACGGAGAGAGGAGCCAGGUGGGCUGGAACAGCCACAUGGACCAGCCCUACAACCCGUUCCAAAGCGACUUCUACAGGCGCUUCGGUGGCUUGUACGACGGAUCCCCCCGAGGGCCGGCCCAGGGUCUCCAAGGCUGCAUGGCCGCCGCCGAUCAGGGACUGGAACUUCCAGGCAAGGCCUUCAGGGGAGCGUCUUUGGCUGGGGAUGACCAAGUUGGUGAGAGGAGCUCCUGCGAAGAACCCGACGAGGAGCAGGUGGUCUCCGAUGACGAGGUUGUCAAAUCGGAGGCCCGCGUCACCGGAGACACCCCGUCAGCCACGCCCAAGCGAGGGCAAAAUCACUCCGACGAGGAGCAGGAGGAGAGGGGGGCCACCGAAGAGGAUGAGGAGCGAGAUGACGACAUGGACCGAGACGAAGAAGGAAGUCCGGGCCCGGAGCACGUCCAGAACCACCACAAGCAGCUGCAAGACGCGUUGGUCGCCUCAUCCUCAGCCAUGACGUCGCCCCUUUUCCAGCAAAAUCAGAAGCAAGUCUUGUCCCUGGAGAAGCCUUGGCAGCAAGGCCUCAACCUCCUGGCCCAACCCGAAGCCCCACCGGGACUCCUGAAGCCCGAGCAGCAGAUGAACAUGAUGUCCGUGCUCCGAGCCUACGGAAGCGACAACCUGUCGGCCUUCAACGUGAAGAGGCCCGACGCGCCCGUGCCCGCGUGGAUGUCUGAGGAGGACCGGUCGAUGACCCUCGACCCCGCCCUCACCCUGGACCAGGACCACCUCAACAGCGACCUCGACGAGCUGGCCGACCUCGACCGGAGCGAGCGAGACUAACGGCCCGGAUGAUGAAGAAGAAAAACUUUAUUGAAAAAGACACACGUGAGCAUCAAGUGAUUCUCUGGAAGGCGGACCUAGAACACAAAAAAAAAAAAAACCUUUGUUUUGAAACUACCUGUGUGACGACAAGCACUUCCUGUCAUCUUUCAGGCGUUCCCCCGGCCGGACGGACAGACAACAACAUUUUUGUUUCCUUUUUUUUCUCGAGUGUCUCUCCCGUAUUCCACCACCAAGACUUUCUAUACGUAUAAAUAUAUCGUACCCGGAAUGUAUUCUUCUGUAGAUUAGCAAUGUUAGCCAGACGGCUAACUGUUAACGACGUAGCGAUGUUUACAGGCGUCGUUAAACGAAAAACAAAACAAAAAAAAAACAAAUACAAAAAAAAAACAACAACCAGAGGAGGAUUAUUAAUCCGGGUGACGUCGGUUCUUUCCCUUUAAAACUGCUAAUCGAAAAGUGACUGAUUAUUAUUUUGGAACGUGAUUUUGUUUGACUCGAAUGCAAAAAAAAAAAAAAAAGACUUUUUUUGUUUGUUUGUUUCAAGUUCACAGAAAAAGUUUUUUGUUUUUUAGGAAAAUGUAGACCCGCAAAACCCUGAAGAUCUUUUCAGUUCUUAUGUGUUUUGUUAUCGGAAACCAGAACUUCUCCAACUUUUCUCGCAACUUGCCGGAAAUCAAGCAAAUCCCCGUCUUGCGUGUGUUCCCAAACGCCGCGCCGUUGAAAUUUUUCAUUGCUAAUAUACCGUCAAGGCCCCAAAAUCAUCAGCGCUAAUGUUCAUAUGCUCAAAAUAUUGCUAAUUUACCAUCAUGUGUUUGAUGUCUGUUGACGUCUUAAAAGCAAACACCCGUUUUACGUCAUCUUCACAAACUCUUUUGCAAAAGUCUUCAAGCGAUGAGCGAUGCAAUAAACACGAAAAUCAGCUGACUAAUGGAAAAAAAUGUGGGCCGACGCUUCCUGAGCAUCGCGAGCCGUGCGCUUCCUUCUGCAGUGAAGUAUUGAAGCGUUACAUAAAACAAGCCUACUCAAAUGUAGCUCACCUCACUAUUUUUACUCAUUAUUUUCUAAAAGAAAAAAAUUAAUAAUUCCAGACUUUCCAUACAGGCAAGAAAUAUUAACAUUGCAUAACACUACAAACAAAAAAUAAGGUUUUUAAAAAAUUCUGUACAUUUUGAGUGUGCAAAGAUUUUGUUCUCAAUCAAUUUUCGCAAGUUUUAAUUUUACCUAAAAAUAACAGAUGACGUGGGGACACACCGAUAGUGUCGAUUUUUGUGAGGAAAAAAAAUUAAAUUUAUCAUACUUGGCCUUUCUGCCCCUCAGCGACGAUAUGAAGCCCGAAAUGUCAUUGGAAUAAAACAAUCUAGCCCAUUUUCUCAAAAUACAAUAAAUUAUCAGAAUAAAGUUGGAUUUUUCCCAAGAUGCUAAAGUUCAUAAAUAAAGAUAUUUUCACCCAAAAUAUUUUCUCAAGAUAAAAAGUCGCAAUCUUGCAGGAAUAGAUAAAGCUUAAAAAUUAAAUGAUAAAACUAAGUUGUAUUUUAGCAAGUACAUCAAAAACAAUCAAAAUUGGACUUUUUGGGAAGUAGAAAAAUGUGCUAGGUGUAUUAUCUGAAUAAAUUUUUGUUUUUGUUUUUAACAAGGGAACAACACGUAUUGUUCGGUCAUCUUACGACAACACGUUUGUGUUUCCUCAAGAUGAAAUUUGAACGUUUACGCCAGUCGAAGUCGAAGCGAGCGUCGGCUUGUUUGCCGACCCCGCCCGGAGAAAAUCCCGCCAAGCACUCCAAAAAACCGCACGUGGAAGAAUCGUUAGUCAAUAUUUGGCCCACUGAACAGAAAAAAAAAAUUCUCUGGCGCCCUCUUGUGGCAGCGCGGCGCAAAGCGUCAAAGUGAUUGCAGGAUUUGUGUUUGUUUUGACGCUCGCGAAUAAUCAGUCACUUUUUUUUUUCAACUUUGGGAAAGAACCAGCUGCUGACGUUAUUGAUGAUUGUCAACAAGGAGCACUUCAACUGCCCCAACAUGUACUGAAGCCCUCGGCCCACGCGGGGGAGGCGGGGGGAGGGGGGGAUAACGCCCCGACCCCCCCACCACUACCCUCUUUUUUUUUUUUGGGGGGGGGGGUCUUUUCUCAGUGUACAUAAAGAGAUUUUAGUAAGACGUUCCCAAGGAGUGUCGUAAAAGAAAAGGAAAAAAUAAAGGCGGCGUUUAUCAUGCCGACGUUCUUCUUAGGAAGAAUUAAAAGAACAAAAAAAAAAAAACAAGGACAAAACGAGGGGUUUUGUAAAAUAAAUACUGCCAGCCGUCGUCGUCGUCGCGCACUGUUGCUGAAUACUACUGAUGAUGAUGAUGAUGAUGAUGAUGAUGAUGAUGGUGACGAAGACGAGGCGGGCGAGGAUGUAUUUACUUACGACGUGGGGAGGGAGGGGGGGUCAAAGAAAACUGGAAAAAGCCGACCGACGUGUUGUGUAUAGCCUUAGCUUGGAAUGAGCCGCGUAGCUGCUGCGCUAGACGACAGGACGUACGACGCUUUGCUCUCAUCGCGCUUUUUUUGAACACACAUCCGCAAAAAGCAAACAAACGAACAAAAAAAAACGUGCGGAUCACGAUCGACUCCGCUCCGGGGUUGGGGGGCAACCUAAAAUGCUCUCGAACCUUUUCGGGUACACUUCAUUUGAUCUUCUGGAAGCUUUUGAAUGUCCAACUCUUGAAUGUUUUGUGGUUUUGUAGGGAUGGGGAGGGCGGGAACAAAACGGAAAAAAAUAAAGACAAAAUUUGCACAACGCAGAGAGAAAAACGUGCAACAUUCAUCGGACACUCGAAAUUGCCCCCAAAAGUGUGAUUGGGAGUGCGACUGCUGUCGGUCUCCAUGUGCCCUGCGACCAGUUCAGGGUGUCCCCCGACUCCAGCACACCCAUGACCCUUGUGAGGAUAAGCGGCUAAACAUCAAUUUUCUUAACUGCCAAACCGAACACCCAAGUUUCUUUCCAAUUAUUUUUUAAAAUUAAAAUUCAAAGACAGGGAAAAGUGAUUUUUUAUUUAUUAUUAUAAACAUUAUUUUUUACUUAAUCAAGACAAGAAAAAAAAUCUUUUUUUUCUCAAAAAAAUGUUCCAAGCUUUUCUUCCCCAAAAUAAAAUUUUAAAUAUGUAUAUCUUUGCCAUUAAAAACAAUUAAUUACAUUGUUGUAGUGAAAAAAAGGCAUAUUUUACAGGCUGAUGGAUAAUUUUGAGAAUUUUUUUUUUUGGUUUCUCAAAUGUAGUCAUUGACUAAUAUUUAUUUCAAGGGAUUUUGUACAUUUUUUUAAAGGCAAGUUUUAGUAUUUUCACAAAAUAAAAUCGACAUUGUGACAUUUGCCCUUUGAAAGAGGGAAAAAAAAAUUGGGAUUUUUUUCUUUUUUGGGGGAGGGUUCGCAGGGAGGGUCAACUAAACACCUGUUGUGAAUUUUUGUUUUUAAACAACAAAAACAUUCAACAAUUUGACACUCUGAACCAAACAAAAGGUCAAACUGAGGACAACGUUUCAAGGUUAAGGGGCAUUUCAGGUUCGUCGGGAAAUUUGACCGCCUGGUGCGAUCGCGUCCGUCACGUCCUUUUGCGAGCGGCGCGCGUCGACGAAGAAUAUGAAGAAAACACAAUAAAAGUCAAAAUAACAAGAAGAAGAAGAAGAAAGAUGACAAUCGUCUCCUGCGCCGCAAAACGCGUUUCAGCCACAUUGGAAAUCUUCCGCAUGGCGAGCGAGAUUUUCUGCUUUUUUUUUUUUUUUUUUUUUUUUUUUUGCCUUUCCGCCUUUCAUUUGACUCUUUAACUGUUUUGGUUCCUUGGAAGUAUUUUGCACUGUGAUAGUAUUCUGAUGAUGAUAAUGAUGAUGAUGAUGAUGAUGAUGAUGAUGAUUCCAAACGCGACACUAGCUAACUAACCGAAGUGAAGGUUGUGUGUUUGUGCGUCCCCUCGACUUCGUGAAAUGUUUCUACGUCUUUUUUUUUCUCGUUUUUAUGUGAAAAGAACGACUCUAACGCGCUCGUGUACAGUCCCCCAAUAUAAUAAUAAUAAUAAUAAUAAUAAUACAAAUGAUAAU